AAUUAAUCAACUUGAGCUGUCGCCAACAUCAACUGUUCCUGCGACGUAUUCGCGCUCUCGCCUUACUCUCACUGCUCAAAUCACGCAUGAUAGCAGGGCUUCCAGUCAGCCCACCUCUCCCAGUGUCCUAUUAACCCACAACAUGUCGUCCGCUCCUUUCCCCAAUAUAUAUACUCACCGCAAGGUGGCCGACACAUCCUCCAAAGGGUGCAAUAUUUGCUACAAGCCAACGACCAGCGUGCUCAUCACCCCGGAGAAGCAGGACUUUUUUUAUGUGUGCGCAAUUCACCUCAAGGACAAGAACUUUGCAACGCCGAUCAUUGAUCAUGCCGCCAUCGAGGGGCGGCUAAAGGCAGAGGCGGAGGCCGAGAAGAAAAAGGAGCUGGACGAGGAGGUGGAGCGCGUCAAGAAAGAAUACGCUGAGAAGCAGAAGGCGAAAGCUGAAAAGGAGGGCAAAGACAAGAAUAAAGAGGAAAAGGAUCAAGAGAAGGACAAGGCACAGCCUGAUAGCAAGAAUGAGGAAACGACAAAGCCCGAAGACAAGACAAAAGACGCUUCGCCAGGCGCUGCUACAGUUGUCUCGGCAGCCGAUGAAGAACCGCGCGUAUUUGCGCUUGCAAGAAGCUUUUACAACCAACGGAUUGAUAAGAAACGCCAGAUUGAGAUGGCCAAGCGAAACCGUGAAAGAAUGCAAAAUCCAUCCUUCUUUCCUUCGGUCCCCAAAGACUUGCCAUGAUAGUUAUCUGGUUUGCGACCAUUGCGACCCAAAGACUGUGAGACAAUCACAUCAUACAGCUGCAUCUUGACAUUCGGGUACGAAAUCAUUAGCUCAAGGGUGCAGCCUCGCACCCUGGUCAGUAUUAUGAUCGCCCUGCACAGUUGUCAUGCCAGGACGGCAAGGCACUGUGAUGCUUGGCCGAAGAAAACAAUUCGCGUUUUGUCAAGUGCCGGCCCCAAUGAUGGGUUUCUCCGAACUUACCGAAUGCGCCCGGAGCUCGUCAUGAGGAAUAAGUCCAUUUUUGAAAGAGCAUGAUGCUCUCGGGACAGGGCUUCGCUGCUGUCAGGCAUGAAUUGGGACGAAUCAACAUGGGUCAGAACGUGUCUGCCACUUUGGAUUUUGGCACAUUUGCGCAAAGGAUGGAAUUCCUGGGCUACCGAUUAGACGGUUGAUGUGACAACCACGUGGGUCUCACUACAGCGGUUCUCCCCGCUCGAGUACGACGCGGUUCAUGUUCACAGAGGCGGCAUGAAGGCUCCUAUGGAGCACAGAACGUGCAUAUUGAUAUCGGCUUCCACUCAGAUGACAAUUAUUCGGAUUGUCGAUUCAGGAAUGCAAUGCCGUCAUGACGAGAGCACUACAUUCAGUGGCAACAAUUGUAGAGCAUUGGAACAAAAGGCUGACGCUAGUAACGAGUAGCACUACUCCACAUCGUCGAACAAUUUACUGUUAAGGAAG